AGUGGUAAUCGUGGUUCGCGUCAAAACGCGGCUCCAAAUGCCGGUUAUGUAAACCAAAACAAUGCUUACGAGAGACCUAACAAUCAAUUCGGAGGCUAUAAUAACGAUCGUUCGCCUAAUUAUCAACAAAAGCCAAAUCAAAGGAAAGUAAGCGUUGAGACGAACCGAAAUGUGGACCCUUUCGGCCGAUCCAACACUGAUAGCAAUUGGAGAGAUCCCAAUGCGCCCAAAGUGGAGGGCGAGGUCUUUGAGAGUUCGCGACCGACCACUCGUCGGUUCGACGACUACCGCUCGCAAUACGACGACUGGAGUAUUCCUCUCGACAGGAAUGAGGCUCAGGAACGGUAUCUGUUCUCUUCGGGACACACGGGAAUCAAUUUCGACAAAUACGAGGACAUCCCGGUCGAGGCGACCGGACUUAACUGUCCCGAUCAUAUCGAGGCCUUUGAUGACAAAGAGAUGAGACUGACCUCAAUCAUUGAGAUGAACGUGAAACUGGCCCAGUAUUCGGUGCCCACUCCGGUCCAGAAGUACGCGAUUCCAAUCAUUUUAUCGAAGCGUGAU